UGAGGGCGUCAGAGGGCGGGGACGAGCGUGUGCGGUCAGCGAAGAGCGCAGGGCGGAUCAGCGCGAGGCCGAGACACCGACACACGCGCGAAAAACUCUCGGAAAUCAACGGAAACGUAAGCGUCAUGGCGGAUCUGAGCUUGACCGAUGCUCUGACCGACGGCGUUCCUCAGCCUGACGUGGAGAACAUGGUGGAGAGGGAUUUUGUGGCCACGCUGGAGGCCGAGACCUUCGACGAUCAGGUCGGAGAGACGGUGGACAAGGCCAGCUACGUCCCACUGCUGGACAAUGACGGGAAGGAUCCGGGUACUGUAGUCGAGAAUGGACAGCAGGAAGUCCAAGGGGCUCAAAACCCUGGCUCCGUGAAGCCGCUGACGCCACAGAAAGAGACGCUCGGGACAGACUUACUCUCAGACUCGGCGUCUGGUUUUCCUCCGCAGAUGAUGGACAGCAGCCCGAUGACCGCCUUCACAGGUUUGUCUGAAGCCGGCGUCAUGUCGGCGGUGAUCACAGGUGCCGCUCCUUUCCAGACAGAAAGAGCGUCUGGUUUGGCCGGAGCGCAGGAGCCGCCAGCUGCUCAGGCCACCGAAGCCCCCAAAACACCCGCCGGACCCCUGUCAGCCACGGCCCCCAAGAGCCCACGGGACGCAUCUGCAGAACAAAGAACGCAUGCAUGCUUGAAACAGCUUGAAGGUGUCUUUGGUGACCGCUGGUCCGAUGAGGCCGGCGUUCCAACUGACCUGCCCUUCACGCCCAGCGUUUCCACUGUUAUCAGUCGACACGCCGGUCCUCUCGUAGAGAGCAGCCCACAUGAAACAGCUGACCCUCAGUGGUCGCCGAGAGAUAGCGGGCCGGGAGAGGCGGAGGAAAGAGAAGGUGAAGGAUCCGACCGCAAGAAGGAAAAGAAGAAGAAAAAGCGGAGACCCAGGGACGAGGUGUACGACUUCCCCACGGAAAUGCAGAGCGAAAGUGCUUUAUCCGACAGCCCCCUUCAGCCGUCUCCCCGCAAGGAACGAGACAGAGACGGAGGCUGGGAAGACGGAGGCCGCUUUGGUGGAAGAGUCAAGAAGCCGAAAAGCCGUAAGAAGAUUCCUGAGGAAUGGGCGGUCCAUGCAGAGCCCUUCGUCCCUGCGUCGGCUUGCAUGCCUCAAAUGGAUUUCUCCAAAUCGUCAGUUGAAGCAGACAGUGGACUGGUGUCUCUUUCUGAGGACUUCACCGAUGAGAGUCUCAUUCCUAUGUCUCUUACCCAAGAUCUUCUAUCCCUCACAGCCACUUCCCCAACGUCUUCAAGUAGUCUUGAACAUGCAAAGUCUCCCGGCCGAGCCCCUGAUUUAUCCCCCUUUUCCAAGUCAUCCGGAUUCCAAGAUAUCCUCAUGGAAAAAGAAGAUCUUCUUGCUUCCGACACUCAGCCUUUCGUCUCUCCUGGUGCGACCUUCGAGGAAGCAAUCUUUGGACAAGAUCACACCUUUGCCGCCCAAGAAUCACCAUUAAACAGCGGACCCCAGGCGUCCACCCCUGGAAGCACUUGUUUUGUGCCCCCAAUGGAAGCACUGAUCUCGGCGCCGCCGUUUUCUCCAUCUGGACCUGCGUGGUCUCUUAAUAACCACAGUCAACCCUUUGAUCUCGAAGGUGUUGGCUUCGAGACCCCGGCUGCUGCACCUCUGCCUUCGCCAAAGAGCAAAUCCCCAAAGGAGUCCAAACCCAAACAAGGCAAGAAGCCCGGCUCUUCCUCAUCGAAGAGUCCGAGCUCCCCUGAAGCGAAGUUGGCGUCUCCCCAGAACUCGGGUCUGAAUCCCGCCGCUCCGCCGUUCUUCCCCAGUUUUGCAGAACCCCGGGAGCUCAAAGCAGGAGCGCUCUUCACUUUGGAAGAAAACUCUGAGAAGAACAAGCCGGAGGUGAACAAAAUGGACGCCGUCCAGAAGUUCGAUGACUUUAAUGUCUUCAGCAAGACGGACAAAGAUCAAAAGAUGGAAACGAUGGAGGAGAAAGACAAAACUGUCCACACAGACAAACAGACAACCAAAGGAGAAAACACAGAAGCUCUGGAGAAGAUCAAAGACGUGGAUGUGGCUAAAUCAGAGAAGACGUACAAGGAUGAAGUGGUUCACAAAGUAGAAAUGCCAGUGAAAGUUGAGAAGAUUGAACCGCUGGAGAAAUCCACUAAAGAUGAGCCUGAAGGAGCCGAUAAGGUUGAGAAGACCGUCGACAGAAAUGUGAUGAUAGAAAAGAUCGAUUCCUCUCCAAAGGUGGAGAAAGAGAAGAUGGAGCCGGUGGAAAAGGUUGAGCCGAAGACGGAAGAAGCGAAAGUCGUGGAGAGCAAGAAGGAAGAGAAAGUCGAGGAGAAGAAAUCGGAUCAGAAAGAUAGAGAAGAACAGGUAAAGGAAGUGGAAAAGGAGGAAGCGGAACAGAAGACCGAGCAAGGCAAGACAGAGAAGGACAAAGUAGAACAGAAAACAGAAAAGACUGAGCCAGCUGUCAAGAAACCUGCCAAAGCUGAGAAGGACGAGAAAGCCAAAAAACCAGCUGCUAAAGCCUCGGCGGCCAAGCCUGCGGUGACCAACGGCGCACCUGGAAAAGACUUGACUAGUCCUGACAAGAAGACCAAGCCUGUCUCCGGCGCAACCAAACCUAGCUCAGCCAAGCCCCGGCCGAGCUCCGCCUCCAGCGCUGCGGCCCCGCCCAAGCGCUCCGCCCCUACCUCAGCCGCCAGCGCACCCGCCCCUCUCAGCAAAAAAGCCCCUGUGCCCAAAGCUCCCGCCCCGGCCGCUGGCACCAAACGGCCGGCGACGGCACCCACCCGACCCUCCACCGCCUCCAGCUCAGUCACCAGAGAGGUCAAGCCCAAGACGGUCGCAGAGAAACGCCCGCCUGUGCCAAAGGCUGCCGUGGCUCCGACUCGACCCGCCGCGCCCGCGCCACGCUCCACCGCCGCCCCACGGCCCUCCGCCAGCGCUUCGGCAGCACGCGGCCCGGUCACAAAGACGGAGAGCAAACCAGGAGACGAGAAGAAACCAAGCACACGAAAACUACAGAUGCUGCCCGCCCCAAGCCGGCUCCUCUGAAAGCCCCCGCCGCCUCCGCUCGCCCCCGCUCCACAAAAACACCGGUCUCCAGCAGCACCACGGCGUCCGCUCCGGCCGAGAAGAAGCCGGCGGUCCCCCGGGCGCCUCGCCCCAGCUCCACCUCCGCCUCCGCGGCCCCGACUCGCAGCACAGCGAAGCCCGGCUCCGACAGCGGCGCCAGACAUCAAGAACAUCCGCUCCAAGAUCGGCUCCAC